CGAGAGUGCAGUUCAAAUUGCAAUGAGGAGUUGCUGCAACGGAAAUGAGUAGCCAAAAUAUCCCAACAGGUACGGGCAGUGAGGUUGACAUUGUCUGGAAGGAGUUUGGAAACUAUAGGAGAGACUUUUCGGCAUAUGAGGGAUUUUGCAGUGCAGUCACGCAAGAUCCAAUUGUCCAUAAUCUUCGAUUCAGAAGCAGAGGGAUGAAGAGGAUCGGCAGCAACUGGACAAUAGCUAGCGAAUUCACGAGGUUUGGACGGAUCCUGACCAGAGGAAAUGAGACGCCAGUAGCCCUCACCCAAAAGGGCGAGGAACAUGACGCGCUUCCAUCC